ACGGAACGCCUCGUUUGCAAAGAUCCGGCGGAUGGGCCAGGCCGGGAGUCCGGCUUCAGGCUGAGCACCUCGCCGCCGCCAGGACGCUUACGUGCGUCCGUGCGUCCGUGCGUGCGUGCGCGCGCCUAUCCCCCCUCCCUUCCCCUCCCCUGCGUGACAUCAAAAGCCCUCCGCUGUAUAAAGGCCGAGCGGAGCGAAGGGACCGAGGAAGGCCGAGACGGCGAGCGAAGCGGCGCGGAGUGGCUAACCGGUCGGGGACUGGUGUGGAGGCGCCCAGGGGCCCGCCGUCCGCCCAUGGCUUCGUAGCGCCAGGCACUCGCCAUGAACGUGGUGGGGAGCUAUCAGGGCCACCCGCACCCGCACCAUCACCCGCACAGCGCUUUGCUCCACGAGCCGUUUCUCUUCGGGCCGCCCCCGCCGCCGCCGCCCCCUGCGCGAUGUUUCUCGGCGGCUACGGCCGCGGCCGCGGCCGCCGCAGCGUCCGACCGACCCUUCGCGCAGGGCUGGCUGUUGAGUGCAGCGUCGGCCGAGCUGUCUCCGCCGCCUCAGCCGCCGCUGCCGCCGCCGGAACUGGUGUGUGCUGCGGCCGGGCUGACCUCCUCGGCUUCGCCCUCUUCGUCCUACGGCAGCAGCCCCUCGGAGCUGGGCGGGCGCCUGGCGGGGAGACGGCGGGCCGGCCCCGCGCCUGGAGCCCCGCGCAAGGAGCGGCGACGCACCGAGAGCCUGAACAGCGCCUUCGCCGAGCUGCGCGAGUGCAUCCCCAACGUGCCGGCCGAUACGAAGCUCUCCAAGAUCAAGACGCUGCGCUUGGCUACCAGCUACAUCGCUUACCUCAUGGAGGUGCUCGCCAAGGACGGGCCGGCCGCCGAGGGCUUCAAGGCCGAGCUCAAGAAGGCCGAGCCCCGCGAUGCCAAGAGGAAGCGCGAGCAGCCGCAGCCCGUGGGAUAUUCUCAUGCUUUAGGUCAAGGCGAAAAAAGGCUUAAGGGCAGGACUGGGUGGCCUCAGCAGGUCUGGGCGCUGGAACUGAAUCAAUGACCCUGUGGAGUUCCUGCUGCGACGAAGAAGAAUCUGAACAACUGCGGUCGCGAACCGAAGCCGACGGGACGGCCCUGCGGGGCUCUUCGCAUCUCGCCUUCUUCCUCGUUCCUGCCGCGCCAAAGAGCAGCCGUGCGGCUCUUCCCUUCAUUUGCUUUCGAAACGUCGGAGGGCCUGUGCAAUGUCGGAGCCGCGGUGAAGAAUACUAUAACCCUACAAGAGGAGAAGGAGGAGGGGGAGGCCGAAAACUAGCCUGCAACGCCUUGGCUGGACUCGGAUCCGAACCCGUUCAUACACACGUGCUUCACUGUCCGUGCAACUCUCUACUUUCUGGGAACCUCGUCGGAGAGCCAAGCGUUUGUGUCUUCCCCCUUCCCCUCCCUGUUUUAAAUUUGUCGGUACCAGGGUGCGUCGUCCUCAGCGUGUUAACUCUUUCGGGGAUUGGGGAACAUCUGAAUAGCGAUUCGGGAUGGCCCAAGCGCGAGAGCCGAUCUCCCUCCUUUAAAACAAAGCAAAACAAAACAAGGAAACCUCACAGCCCUAAAAGAGUGGAUGGAGGCGGAGGAGUGACUUUCCAACGACCUGCUUGGAUUUCUUGGACGCCGCUGAUUUCCGUGCUUGGAGAAGGCGAGGACUCCAAUGAGCAACGGAAAAGCCGCCUGGGCAACCUAUCCUCGGAAGGAAGGGAGAAGGGGGGGGCGCAACGCGGGACCGCCGUUCCUCGUCAAGCAACAGGGCUGCUCUUCGCCUGUCCCUGGAUUUCGCCAAACAGCGAUCCAAACAGCUCCCCCCACAUUUCGUCACCGCGGCAACCUUCCCUCCCAUCAUCCCCUGCUGCCACUGGCCGCGCCGCUCGCUCAUGAUGAGGAUCGCCCCUUUUCGCUUCGGCGGGCCCAGGUAGGGGAAGACUCUGGGCACCCGCGCCCGUUCCCGGCUCUCCUCGGCCCUUCCUGCAGCGCCAGCGCCUCGGCGCAGAAGGUUCUAGUCAGAGGCUCUCGGUUCUGAAGCCGAUCCAGCUAAAACUGGCGCCGUCGCCCAUCUGAGAUUUGGAUCUGGGCGUGGUGGCGGGAACGGCUCGGGGGUUCCCGCUUUUCUGAAGGAGGCGGGAAACGUGCCCGCUCGGCCACAGUUAAGCACUUUCUAACCUCCCAUUGAUUUCAGCAGAAGAGUUAAGCACAUUACUAUAAUCCUCCCGUUGAAAUCCAUGGGGCAUAACCAUGCUUCCCUUUGGCUGGACUGUGCUUAGUGCUUUGAAAACAUGUAAAUAAGCAAUACACCGAAGUCCUCCUUUCUCCCUCCCCGUUUUUUGCUCUCCCUCCCUCCCUCACCGCCCACUCUCAUCCCCGUUGUUGUUUUUUAUGUUGGAUGUAUUUAAACUACCUAUGUGAGUGAAUUUGAUACAUUGUACCGGGUUUUCUACCUCAAAUCUGUAUGACCACUUCCUAAGAGACAGGUUUGCCAAGUCAAGUAUUUAUGAGGAUUUUAAAAUAUUAAUAAUAAUAAUAAUAAUAAAGAAAAGCUUUAUGGAAAAAAAACAACACACCACCUCGCCUCUCUCCCUUCUCUCAUGACUUGUUGUUGGGGUACAGAAAGGCAAGCCUCAGGUUAGGCCUGGCCUUAAUUCCUAGGGUGUUUAUUGGGGAACCAGGAAAUCCCAAUUAUACAAGAAAGCUUGGUUAGUUUCAAGGAGCAGGGGAGGAAGCCAUAAAGAUGCCAAAGCCAAACUAACUUAAAGAAAUGGGUUUGCAAAAUUUGCGCAGGUUGUCAGCACAACUCCUUCUCUUCCUC